CCACGGGUGCUACUUCCUGUAGGUUGUGGAGAGGAGAUGGAAUAUGCCCCUCUGGGGGUUUGGUGUGCAGGGUCUGCGGAUGUCCCCUUGAUUAGCUUAAUUUCUGUUCGGCUGUGACUUGGUGACUAUUUGGGUGACUGAAGGGGUUGAGGAAUGGGCUGGGCUCAAGGGUUUGAAUUUGAGGGUUGUGGAGGGGAAACUCAAGUCUGGGAUAAUUGAUUGAAAUGGUGGUGAGGGAGGAGGCUGCAGUUGGGAGUGAGACUGUACUCACCCACAUGCUUAGUAGUAAUAGUUGGGGUCUUCAAGUGCUUAGUAGGUGCCAGGCACUGGACUAAGCCCUGCAGUGGAUACACGCUAAUUAGGUUGACAUGGUCCCUGUUCCCCAGACCUAUCUUUUAUCAGCUAUGUCAUGCUGCUCAAUUCCUAUAUCGAAUAUCCUCCUGGUUGCAAAGCCCUUCAUUAAGUACUGGGGAAGCACUGGAUCAGAAUCAGACCCACUCCUCCAGGAGUCUGUGAAUGGGUUGCAGGAGUCUAUAGUUAAGGAUGUUUUUCCAGAUCCUUUUAACAAUGGCAGCUGCAAUCCUUCUUAACCUCGGCCUUUUCUUUCCCUGACCCUACACCCCCACAAACCCAAUCUCUCCACUAGGUACGCUUCAAUGGGACAAGUGGCACUGUCCCUUGAAAACCCCUGAAGCUUUGGACUUCUCCAUACCCCAUGCAGGGCCCGUGGACACUACUUCCUAUAGGCUGUGGAGAGGAGAUGGAGUAUGCCUCUCUGGAGGUUUGGUGCCACCAUUCUGAGGUUCUACCCACUAGAUGACUUGCAUUGCACUCAGCAAGUGGAAUCCACUGCUUUUUCUGAGGGAGCCCGACCAGGCGAGAAGGAGAAGGAGCCCGUUCCAGCGGCGGAGGUGAUCCAGGCCGUGGUUUCCCUGUCGCCCGGUCGGCACUUUGGUCUUCUUCUGCCCCGCCCACAAGUAGCGAGGCCACGCCCACAACCUCGAGGCCACGCCCCCCAGCUCCGCUCCGCCCCCUAUCGGGGGCUUCCGGGAGCGGCGGCGGCCGAGCAGGAGCAGGACCGGCCCUGUCGUGUCCAGCCGAUGGAGGUGCCCGCAGCAGGAGACGCGACCGCAUCCCCCGUCAUGGGCCACUACCGCAUCCGACAGUUCCGGGAGGGCGACGGAGAGGCCGUGCGGGAUCUCUUCUCCAGCGGAAUAACGGAGCACGCCCCUGCCUCCUUCUGGCACCUGGUCACCCUUCCCCGGACUGGACUGUUCCUCCUGGCGGUGGCCCUCUCCCUGUUCGCGGCUACGGGCUCCAUCCCCCUGGUCCUCGCGGCUCCGCCCGUCCUGCUGACCGCCCUCUGGGAGUUCCUGAAAAGACCCUGGCGGGACUACGUGGAGAACGCCCUUCGCACCGACCUGAAGGACAUCCGCCGGUCCUACCUGGAGGCGGACGGCUGCGGCUUCUGGGUGGCGGAGUCGGCCGGACGCGUGGUGGGCCUGGUGGCUGCCCGGCCCGCGCCGGACCCGUCCGGGGGGAAGCGGAUGCAGCUGCUCCGCAUGUCCGUGGCGAAGGAUCAGCGGGGUCGGGGCAUCGCCCAGGCCCUGGUCCGGACCGUGUUGCGGUUUGCCCGGGAUCGGGGCUGCGACGCCGUCCUCCUCAACACCACUUGCGUGCAGUACGCGGCCCAGAAGCUCUACGAGAGCAUGGGCUUCCGAAAGAUGUCCGAGGAGAUCCCGUCCCUCAGCUGGAGGGUGACCGGCCUCUGCGUCUUUAAGUACAGCUAUCCCCUUCUCCCGUCUCCCUGACUCCCUGUCUGAUGAGACCUCUCCUCAGCAGAUGGAGGAAGCGGCGAUGAUAGCGGCCGAAGAAUAUGUCUGUUUAGUCUUCUGUCCUCCUCUUCUAUGCCCUUAGUCCAGUUCUCAGCACACUAUUCAGCGUUUAAUAAAUAUGCUUGAAUGAUAAUUAUAA